UGCAGUAACAACCCCGUAGGCGCGACGCGCCGCACCGUCGCGUAUCCCGGCGGGUGUUAUUACUCACUGUGCAUAGGUACGCAGUACGGUCUCGGCGGUGUUCGCGCGCCACGACUCUCCUCCCGGCGCGGUCUCGUGAAUAAAUAUUAUACAAAAAAAAAAAAAAAAACGAACGAACGAAACGAAACCGUGACAGACAAAAAAAAAAAAACCCCGCGCUCUCCGAUACUUAUUCGAUAAUAUCGUUACAACAAUUAUUGUUGUUGUAUGCGAGCACCGUUGAUACAACGAUGCCGACGGCGGCCGCUGUCCCGAAACUGAUCCGCGAUGUCUAAGAAAUUUCGACGGUUCUACGAGACCGCGUUCGACUCGAAAAUCAGCAAGUCGGACGACGACCUCCUGUCGGCCGACAAACACGACGCGGUUAUUGCUCACCGGUUGUCCAGCCAGCUGCAACUGUCGGCCAGCGCGAGUUCCGUCCAUCUGCAGCAACUGUGCAACGACGACGACGACGACGACGACGAUGACGACGCCGUUUCCUCUACCGCCGGCGGCGGCGGCCGCGGAGUCGUCCGCUCGUCGUCGUCCGCGAAGCUGUCGUGCAAAACCCGGCUGUUCGGUUUCCUGCAGUCGCACAGGAGACGCAUCAGCGCGGCGGCGGGCGGCCGGUUCAAGUCCUGCAACAAGUACCGGAGCUCGGACAGCGUAGCCACCAGCAGCAGCCUCAGCCUGGAGUCGAUCACCAGCGAUUCGAUGAGCUCGCACAGUUCCGAGUCCCCGCGGUGCUACAAACGGUUCCCGGAACCGCACGUCCUGUCGCCCAUCUCGGACAAGUCUUCGCAAGACGCCGGUGCCGAGAUGCUGGACUACGAACGCCGGAGGUCGUCCGCCGCCACCGUGCAGCAGGUCAAGACCAAGCCGCCGCAGUCGUUGGGUCUGAUCAAGCUCAACCGGGACCAACAACAGCAUCACGGGUCCGACAGCGGCAUAUCCGUGGGCUCGAAGCCCGGCGGAGACAACUACCAAGAGCUGUUGGACGUGCCGUUCGACAUGCCCAAGCUGAGGCGCAAACAAAAGUCAGAAGUCUUCCGCGCCGAAGUGCCCGCCGCGGCGGCACUGCCAUCCACCGCCGGCGUACAUCAUCAGCCGCCGGAACUUCCCUUCGACAUGCCAAAGUUGAGGAGAAAACAAGUGCAGGCGAAUCCCGAUUCCGACGUCGCCGUUACGUUACCGUUCGACAUGCCGAAGCUCAGGAAAAGACAAAUGGACAGUUGCGCGAGGAUCAUGUCGCUGGACUUCGACAUAGGCAGUGCCGCGGACGCGUACAGUUCUUCCGACACGAAAAACCGGUGCGACGAUAACGCCGCGGCGUGUAGCGGCCCCAAUAAAAGCGAACAACUCAAAGAGCUUCCGUUUGACAUUCCGAAAUUGAAAAAAAUUAAUUUACACAACGGGGGCGAUAACAAUAGACUGGACAGAAGUAGUUUGUUUCUCAAUGUAAAGCCCAACAAAUGUACGGGCGCAGCUGUCAACACGAACAAUGCACCGUCACUGAAAACCUUCCAAAACAAAAGUGAGCAUACUCCAACGAAUUAUAUUAUUAUUUCUAUAUUCUAAACGUACCUACUGACCUACUUGAUUAAUUGCUUUUCGGGAGCUUAUUACGCAGCCGAAAUUAAAUUUUUUUUUUUUUGCAUACCAUUGUGUUAUAUGUGAUGGAUUAUUAUUAUUAUGUUUCAGAAGAGGGUAAAUAAUGACACUCGUAAGCAACCGAGCUCCGUUACUAGAGUCGAAUUCCCCCCCCCCACACCCUUUCUAUGUUGUAGUGUAUAGAAAUACUCUUUAUAAAACAAUAAAUAACAAUACUAUUAUUGUACUAUACAAUUAAAAAGUAUAAUUACGAAAAUAAAAUCGUAAACAUGGUGGGGUUUGAAAGCUGAUGAAACCCCCAAAAUGCACAUCCUUGAUACUAACUUCACUCAUAUACAUAAUUUUAUAUCCUUGACUUUAUUCGGAGAGUCUGUAGGGGUAUAAAAAACUAAAAACAAAAAACCCUCCACCCGCAACACUGUGAUUAAAUUAGUUUUUAAGUUCAACCUAACGUUUGUCAUUUUAAUCCGUCUAUACAAAACAAUUCUAAUUCCCGAGUUUAAGCUCAUUUAGUCCAGUAGAAUCUGCUAAAAAUGCCGAAAAGUAGCGGAAAUGAUAUAUACGAGUAUAUGUGUUUAUUUAUGUGUGUAUAUAAUGAAUGUUUCUUUUUUUCUUUGUCCGCCAUAACAAAGUACAAUUUUAUUCCGAUGUUUAUAAAACUUUGCAUACUUGGCAUUCAAAACAAAAGGAAGGUCGGUGUCUAACGUCGAUAUUCAACCAUUAAACGGUGACCGACAUUGGGGUUUUUGGUAUUAGUGGAACGAAAAUUUAAUUAAUGUGUUUGUUGAUAUACAGGCGAUACUUGGCGAUACGGAUGAAAAGAAACAGUUAUUAUUAGUUAAUUCGGUUGUUGUGGGCAAGAAAAAACAUUUUUUUUUUUUUUUUUUUUUAAUUUACAGAGAUAUGGACGAGGAUGAAAACGGGGAGUCACGGGGAAAUACGUCUUUUGUUGUUUACAUUUUAUUUUACGUUUAACAUUAACUCGGGCAAAGCUAAAUAACUAUAAUAAAUUAUAUAGUUAAUAUAACAGAUUGGGCGAUAAUCUUUAAUUCCGAAGAAAAUUCGACAAUUAUUGGCAUACCUUUAUUUAUUUGAUCGAUUAUUUGAAUGGGAUUUAUACCAGUAUAUGGAUGUAUAGGUAUGUGAUACUACAGCAUUUUAUUUGAAAAUGGCCGAUACCAUUACAUAUAUACUCGUUUAGUAGUUUCCGUUUCACCCUUAUUUAAGGACCACCCCUCACUCGAAAAGUGUAGGGAUCGUAAAACUCACGGUCGUCGUGGGGAACGAUUUUAUGACCUCGGUUAUUGUCGGAAAUUUCGACUUUCGAGUGUAAUAAUAUUUUACCGAAUGCCACCGAUAGGUCCAAAAUACAAUAACAACAUAUAUAAUAAAAUAUUAGAAAAAUAAUCACCUUACCGACAAUUUAAUAUACAAUCGUAGACAAAUUCGAAAAAAAAAAGUUUUCCUAAUAAAUUAUUCGAUUUAAAUUUAAAGUUUAAUUCAUUGUCAUUCGGUCAAUUAUGAUUUUAAAUGGUUAAACGGUCAAAAUGACUUUAACAAAUUCUGUCUAUCCAAAUCUCGUGUUAAAAAAACACGUUACCAUUUUAAAAAAUGCAAGUUGUAUUGAGCAUGCGCAUAAUAAAAAGGUUACAAUUUUAAAACUGUGGGAAAUAACGUAUAAUGAUAUAUAAUUAUUUCAUAUUUGGUAAUUAAUGAUGUUUUUUACACCCGCUUAUAAUUAAAUAAUCUUUUUUUUAAACGCGAACAACACAAUAGUGUAUGGUUUUAAUGUUAAGUAGUUAAGUAAUUAUGGCGUAGUUUCGACGCAGUGGUUAAAGUUGUAAAAACACUAAAGACUUCGAAGGGGGACUAUAUUAACUGAAAAUUAUUAGGCGUUCCGGAGAACAGACUAAACAUAACAGAAAAUGUUUUUCUCGCAUACACAUUUGUUUACGUUUGAAAUAUUACACUAACAGGGUUUAAACACAGGCUGCACUCCCCUACCUCAAAUAUAUUAUCUUACGCAUAUGCCUGUUCGGUGAGAAAAAAUUAAAACGGUCUGAUUAUGUAUAAUCGAAUAGGUAUAUUAAACUAAUUCGAGUUUUUAAAAUUCAACAAAAAUGCUCAGUGACAAUAACUAAAUGAGACUGAUAAUGUCAACUCACAGCAAAACGGACAACUCCGUUCGCCCACUUUAAUCACUGUUUAGUCGGAUAAUUAUUGUAAUUAAACUGUAUAGGUACAAUAUAUACGUAUUAUUAUCAUUGAUAUGAUUAUAAAUUGACAAUAAUUAAUAAUAUUAUUAUGUUUACAAUGUUUACAUUGUUUAUUAACAUAUAGACAGUCUUCUUUUUCUACUCGUAUUUAAUCAUCCGAUUAGUUUCAUGCACAUAUCCAUAUCAUGCCUCUAUUUCAUAACUCAAUUCCCUAUUAAAUUCUUGUUACUAUCUUUAUCCGUGUCCAUUGUUUUGAGAAAUGCAUUUAAUUUAUUCAUUUUUAGAGGAAUGUAUUCACAAUUGCAAUCACUAUUAUUUAUUAUUUAUUUGUAUUGCAUAGUGAAUGCAAAUUUAUUCAUUUUAUUUCUGAACAGGCACACAAGAUAGAAUUCCAAAAAAUAUAGUAAAUUACAUGUGUCUUUUUGGUUGGAUACAAUUUGUAAGAAACAUAUUUUGUCCCUUAUGACAUUAGUACUAUUAGACCAAAUAUUCUCAAUUUUAAUUUAUUCUGUUCAGUUCUUCUUGCAUCUUUCUUACUGUUUCUGUCCAUUGCAACUUAAGCAUUUUACGAUAACACAACAUCAAAUAUAUGUAAUAUAUUAUAAACAUAUAAUUAUUUAAACUUACUUUACAACUUAAUAAUUAUUACUAUACAAUCUGUAUACAAUUUUUCCAUAACAAUAUCAUAUUUGAAUAUCACAUAGAACCAAUGGUAAAUGUAAUAAAAUCUAUUUCUUUUUAAUACGUCUAUUUUGAAAUAGUUUAAAACAUAUAAGUACAUUAGACAACAUUUUUAAACUUAAUUAAAAAUGUCGGGAAAUAGUUUACAAAAUGUUUAAGGUCGCAGUAUUGAUUUUCACUACCUACCUAUUUAACCCUUUCAAUACCAUUGUCCAUUUCCACAGACAUGCUCUUUAGUCAUUACUGUGAAUCAAUAUUUUAAUUAACUAAUAGAUUAAAUGAUUAAAUGAUAUUUUAAUUAAUUAAUUGAAUAAUGAAAGAGUUAAUCAUAACGAAAUUGUUAUUAUUAAUAUUUAUUUGUGUCUCCUGCUGUUAUUCAAAAUUAAAAAUAGUUCAUAAUAUUAAUUAUUGUUUAUAUUUUUGUAUGUUAUUUAGAUCAACCAAAUCGUCCAACAUUAAGUUUAUCCAAUAUAAAACCACUGAAUUUCGUUGAAGACAUUGACGUUUCUUUGCCUUUAGAUCAACAAUGGUAAGUAUUCUUACGUUUAUAAUAUUAAAUUGUGUUUGGAAUUUUAAUAAACCAACGAAACUAAAAUAAAACUUUAUAUUUUAAGGUCGAUUUAUAAAAAAAGUUGAGUCAAAGUACAAGUUAAAUCAUAUUUUAAUAUUUUCGAAAUCACGUUUUUAUAUUUACUAGACAAAUAUAACGAUCGAGUAUAUAGCUAACCAGAAUUCGAACUUUGCUCUUGUGAGUGCAACAUUUGAAGUUAUAAUAAAAUUAUUUUACGAUUUAAUUUUAACUUUUCUUUUCGAUCUGUGUAUGAUAUUGUAUAACAAUUCAAAUUUGCCGUUAACUUAAAUUUGUGUGGUAAUAUAGAUCGAUUGUUUACGUCAAACGAGCAAAGCCCUCCCAUUUCCUAAAAAACGAUCCGGAUUCUAAAAAUUCUUAACCACCAACACUCAAAAAAAUCCCAUAGUUGGGUUUUGAGAUAAAAAGAAUAAAUAUCCAAACAAUGUAUUAUAAAUAUUACAUUAUAAUAUGAUUAUCAAAAAAAAAAAAAAAAUUAUAAUACCUGCUCAUUAUUCAACACAAUUUAUUAGACAAUAAAUUAGUUUACGUGUAAUUUAAAUAUGAUCCAAUUAUUGAGCUAAAUUUAUGUAUACAAGGUAGUGUGAAGUUAUUAUAAUUGAUCGGUAAUAUAAGUAACGAGCGUAAUGCUAUUACGAGUUAUGUACGUAUAUUAUAUUUUAAUAACAUUCUUAAAUCAAGUGGAAUCGAGCGUUUUAAACUAAUAAUGAUCAGAUUAAUCAUAUUUACAAAGAUAACGAGAUAUUCGAAACUUUCCUUCAAAUUAUAUUUUGAAUUGUUGUGUUUUAAUUUCUAACUAUAAUACAGAAGCUACCUAUUCAUUUUACAAAGAUAUAAUACUACUUUUUAUUCUUGGUCUCCGGUACCUAUAUUUAGACAUCAGACAUAGACAUUAGUUCACAAGAAAAUUAGUUUUAAAAAAUUGUCUUCUGUUAUAGCACACGCCAUACAUAAAAAAUCCUCAUUACAAAAAAGUUGACUGCAUUGCAAUAAAUUCUAUAUUUAUUUUAUACAUUUAUAAUAUACAGACGCUCGUCUGAGUGCAUGCUUUGUUUUUGUACUCAAAACUGUCAAAAAGGUAAAUAUAAUAAGGUAAAAAUAAUAUAUUUCAAUUAUUAUAUAAAAAUGUUGGAUGAAAUUGUACUGAAACACAAUAACGAAGGGUGUAUCACGUAAAAUGUAAAUAUAUCUCUUGCCAAUAUAUCGCCAAUGUUUUCUAAAACAGUAACUGUACUCAUACUCCUUAAUUUAGAUUUAUUUUACUUUUUAUGAAAAAUAUUUCGUUUUCUUUUUUAAACAAACGUAUAAUAAUAUUUUAAAAUAAUCAAAACAAAUAAAAAUAUCCAUACAUAUAUCAAUGUAAUGAUACGUAGUUGAUACCUAUACGAAAUACGAACAGAAAUUUGAACUAAACAAAUAAGUAUUGAAAUUAAAAUACCUUUAAGAGGACGUGCUACAUCGCCCACUGCAUUGUGCGAGAAAAAACGUUUUGGACUUUAUAUAUUUUAUUAAUAAAUCAAAUUUUCAUCAUAAAAACAAAAAUAACUUGCAUUGUGUAACAUUGGAUUUAUUUUUUGAUAUUACAAACACAAAAAAGUUAUUAGUGCUUAAAAAUCUGUUAGCUUUAAGUAUGUUUAAUAAACUUUAUUAAUUUAAUAAAUUUAAUUUUACUUUUUUAUUAUUAGUAAUAUUAAAACUUGAAACCGAAAAACUAAAACCAAUUUUGCACAGUGCAAGUUCUUUUUGUUUCUUGGUGGAAAUUUUGUUUUUUAACUAAGUCCAUAACCCGAGUAGUUUUUGCCCGUGAAAACAGUUUUUUUGAAAAAAACAACUUUUAACUUCAAGUUUAUACAAUAAAUAAUUGUGAUAAUGAUACAGGAAUACCUGUUAAUGUGUUAAAAAGUUAAUUUGAGUACUUUUGGGUCAAUAGAAUUUCAGUUCCUCAAAAAUGUCGAUAAAAUCCCCCAUACGCACCCUUAAAUACAGGAUUUAGCACGUCCUCGGUUUAAUAUUUAUCGAAACAUAUACGAAUUCAUAUUAUAUUCGUCCAUGUUUUAACGAUUACAUUACACGAAUACCACAUUAAAUUAAGUAACAUGUUCGUGGAAUGACGUUAAUGCGGAAUCCUAAUUGAAAAUUAAGGUUACUUAGGCUAUUUAGUUAAUUAAAUUAUGUCAAAUAAUUUAUUUAAAUUUCAAUAUUACUGCUUUUACUUUACAUAAUAUAUUUAUUUGCCAUUCAUUAGUUGUUAAUUUAUUAUGAACUUUGUAUGAUAAUAAUAAUGAAAAUAAUAUCAGUUUUUAAUCUAAUUUUAGGGUUACAUAUUAUGUUACACACGGGAAUGGUAUUGUUGGUCUCGCUUAUUCUUUGCGUCGGUUUUUUUUCGAUAUUUUAAUUUUUAAAUGAGAUAUGAGUAUCUAAAAUUUAAAAAUGUCCACAUAUCGCAUGAAAAUUAAAAUAUCGAAAAAAACGACGUAGUUGCACAGAUAAUUUACAUUAUGAACAAAUGAAGAUAAGAACUGUGUAUUGUUUCUGCGCAAUUUUUUCUGUAUUUAAAUUUUCAUGUUAUAUAUAAGCAUAAUUAAGUUUUGUUAUUAAUAUACUCACAUAUCUCGUAUUAAAGUUAAAAUACUGAAAAAAUUAACGCAGUGCCACAGAUAAUUUUCUUAUCUUUAAGUUGGAUUAUAGGUCAAUUCUCUAUAAUAUGUAAGCUAAUUAAACAGAUAGUUAUCCCAGAUGAACGCUAAUAUGCUGUCAUACAUUUGUAAGACAGAUACAGCACAUGCGUGUAAGUGUAAGUGGACUAGUGAACUUAAUUGUACUAAAGUGGGCGAGUGCUACCGUUGGUAUUUAAGAGGUCGCGUAUAAGCAAUUUUCUUGAAAUAUUUUAUAUUUUAUAAUUAAAAUGCAUAAACUGAAAAAUAUUCAAAUUCACUUUCAAAACAUACAUUUAUACAAGUGGUCCCGUGUAAUUAUCACUAAUAUAUGUAAUAUUAGAUUAUCGUGAAAUAAUAAAUCAGGUUCGCUAACACCGUUUUGGGCAAAACCACUAGUAGAGGCCUGUAGUCUAAAUGAAACCGAAUUUUCCGAAUUUUUAAUAUCAUUAUUAAAAGUUGUUCGUGUUUGAAAAGCUAAAAAUGAUCAGAUUAUAGAACAAUAAUUACAAUUUUUAUAUUUGCAGUAUCGAAAAAAAAUAAAAUCAACGUAAUGUAUUGGAAGUUUUCUUUUAUUAUGGUGAAUGUUUGAUUUAUUGAUUUAAAUCUUUAAUUUGAAUAGUUUUUGUCCGCACAAAAUAAAUGUUCAUAAUUGAAUUACGGGUAGUAUCACGCCUUCAUGAACAUAAUUCCAUUAGAUAAAUUUAAUAAAAUUAAAUUAAAAUUUAUUACUAUUACAAUUUAAUUAAUUUAAUUAAUAUAUUUAUACUUAUACGUAUAAGUUAUAUUAAUCAAUUCAGUAACCAUAUUUGGUCGUAUAUUAGUAUUUAGCCUUUCUAUUUUUAUUAUUAUUAUUUUUUUAUUCAUCAAUAUUAUUAAAACAUAAACAUAAAAUAGAUAUUUAUGAAAAUUUAUUACCGUGAAAACUCCCAAAUGUUGUGAAAAAAAAAACAACACCCAUUUCAUUAGUGUAUACUAAUAAUUAAUAUAAUAUAAUAUACAAUAUAAUAAUUUCUUCAUAUUAUGUUUUAUACAUACGUUGUAUGGUUAAGUACUCAAUGGUCGUGUUAUAUACCUAUAUAUACAUUUGUAUAUAAUGUGACAUAUUCAUAAUUAUUUUUAUAUCGAUACCUGUAUACAUAUUACUUUUGUCGUAUAUCUAUACAUCGAUAUCGUACAUGGAAUAAUUUCUUAAAAACCUAGUUCAAAUCGUACAGUUAACUUAAUGACUCUAAACAGUCAAUUAUAAAAAUGUAUCGGUGGAGUAGGUUAUUUUUCGAAUAAAAUAUCAUUAUAAUAUUACACUGUUACAUGAUUUAUACAAUUUAGAUUUGAACGAUAGACAAUCACUAUUAUAGUAAUAAAUAUAAAAAAAACUUACUACGCGCACCGUGAUAGAUAGCUAUCUAAUUAGAAAAUUAAUUUGUCCGAUACGUUCCGAAUAUUUAAGAGGGCGCCACAAACGCAGUUUUACAUAAACACGAUAUUUUAACAGACUUAUAAUAAUCGUUUUAGAGGUCCGACAUGUUUACACGAUACAGAAAACAAUUUCAAUUAAGUUAUUAAAUAUUAAAUGAUUUGUAUGUGCAUGAGACAUUUUUUAAAGGCGUAUAAAAUAAAAUCGAAUCAAGUCUCGAAAAAAAUAUAAUUCUUUUUCGUCACAAUGUUCACCUCGUUUGAAGCGAAAAUUUGAUGCGUUUCAUUCGAUUAUUACACAAUAGAUAAUCACAAAAGGAUCACUAUUAAAUUUAUUUUCAAGUGAAUUUAAACAUUCUUGAGUAGAUAUAAAUGCUCGUUACAAUUCCCACCCUUAAAAAUUAGGUUUGUAGUGUAGCAAUUAUAAAAUACGAAAAAACUAAUUUAACUUUUUUCCGUCUAUCAUAAUAUUCCUGUUGAUAUUUUAAUAAAAUCAUUAAAAGGUUUUAUAAAAAUUCGGAUCCCGUGAUAUUUAUUGUAUAUUACAAUGGGGAAAUAUUAUUACACAAAACAUAGUACAUAUAUAUUAUACAGUGUAUAGUAUACGCGAAUUAUUAAUUAUGACAAACACAGACACUAUUGUUUUAUCUAUCCCCAGUGGAACAAUAUUAAAUAAUUAACCGUUGAAAAUGCGGUACCCACGUUAAAACAAAGGUAUUAGGUAUCACUCUAAAAGUUUAUAAUAUAUAUACUCGUAUAAUAUUCAUGCGGUAUAAAUAUGAAUAAUAAUAAAAUUAAAAUUAAAAAACCACACAGAAUUCACUCCACGGGUAGGCCACUAUUGUAAAUGUGUGGAAAAAGUAUUGGAAAUUUCGUAAAAUAUUUCUAAUAAAGUACGACGAGAAAAAUUCGGAGCAUUUUUGAUGACCAGUGUGCUAGUGAUUAUUGACCUCGCGAUAUUUGACCAUAAAUAUUAGGGGUAAAUAAUUACAAAUUAAAUUCUACGACCUAAUAUACCUAAUAUACAUUACGAAGAGGGUAAAAUUUGUCUUAUUAAAUUUUACUAGGGGGAGGUUAAUACCACGGGGGUCAAUUUUUGGGAUUACAACGGAAAAGUGUUUUUUUGAGAAAAUAAAUAAGAAAACAAACGAAUAGUUUAUUUGCUGCACCCAGAAUCUAAAAUUAUCAUGAAUCAAAGACAAAACUAGACUUAUGUAUCGGCUAUAAUGUCUAUAAUAAAUCUUGAUAACCUGUAAACAUAAUAUAGUCGACAAUUUUUGAAAAACAACCCUCCUCCCUAGCUAUUCCAGUCCUAGAUUCGUCUCUGUUGUAAAUCAUUACAAUAUCGGUACACAAUUAACUUGAAUAGCAACAAUCAGUUACUUUUGUUUUAAAAUCUUAAGUAGGUAAUAUAUGUUACAUGAUGUAUUAUAAAACUGAACGGAAAAGUGAUUGAUCAAUGCCUAACGAGUUUUUAUUAGAUAUGCAAUGACUUUCUGCAUGUUACUGUUUUAACGUCCUUGAAACAUGCGAAUAUAUCACGCAUAUUUUUGUUAUUAUUAUUAUCAUUAUUUUUUUUUUAAUUAUAAUUUAUUAAUAAUAUUCGUGUAUAAUAAUUUUUACAUAAUAUAAUAAUAUGUGUAUUAAUAAAAUGUAUGUAUUAACUCGUUGUAAUAUCUGCUAUGAAAAAAGAAAAAAAAUCGAAAAACAUGUCUCGAGCACAUGUACAGUAUGGUUUCAUAAUAUUUGUUCACCGUCGUUUUUUGUGCACCGUAAUUAUAUUACUAUAUUGUUUUACCAUCAAAUAUUUGAUAUGCAUCUCGGGAAUAAUAAUAAAUAAACCUUGAAAUAAUAAAUAUAAAUCACAAAACGAAUAUUUCAAUAUCCAACGGCCGUUUAUAAUCCGAUCGCGUCAUGCGAUUUUUUUUUCAAUUUAUAAAAUGCGUAUUAUAUACGGAGCGUGUUUUAAGCAUUAGCUGUAGGGAUUAGAUAAAGUGAUGUCAUGGGGAUGCUUACCUAUACGCAUACGUUUUGGACUUUGAAAUUGAAUUUUAAAAUAUAUUUCUGAUUUCCCUUGGACGGUAUUGUACACGGCCCGCCGGUGAUUUGAAUAAAUAAAAAAGUAUCCGUGAUAUGGUUAUACAUAAUAUUAUAUAUACUUGGUUCUUAGAUGGACUUAAGUUAUUUUUGUAUAGUUUUCAAUACAAUCAAAUUAAAUUUUGUAAAUGUGCACACUUAUACAUAAACAAAUGUUUAUGUUUACCCUAUGUAUAUACAGUAGUUUUGAAAAUGCGUACACGUAUUGACUUGUACAGUGGAGACCAAAUAAAUAAUAUCGAUACAAUUACAUUAGAUACAGUUAUAAAAAGAAAAAGUUGUCAAAAAUGUACUUAAAAUUGAAUUCCCUGCAAAAAAAAGUAUUAUUAUCCGUAUUAUUUAUACUGAAGUUUGACAACUAAUUUAUUACUAUUUUUGAAUUUAUAACUAUAGACACUACCGAAUUAAGGAUUCUGUCCUAGGACUGAACACUAAAAUGGGCCUUCUUUAUACAUGGGUAUAUUUAAUAUGAAUUUGUAUUUUAACGAGCGUUUUGUAUAAAUCAACACGACGAAACAAUAGGAAUUUUAUUUCCGUGGAACCAAGACUCAGUGGCGUAUUGAACUAUGUUGAACUAAGGAGCCAAAAAUGGUUUAAAGUAUAUAGCACCUUUCCAUUAAUCUCAUUUGAAUAUACCUAGAUGACAAAAUAAAAAAAAAAAUCAUAUAACAAACGCUACUGGUUGAAACGUACAAAAAUAUUUUAUACAGCAUAAAAAUGGUCGUAUCUCCCUGAAGAUUAAUUUCAAUAAAUACAGAGAAUUUUUGAAUGAGCAAAAUACGAUCCACUUAAUUAUUGAAGUUUAAAACAAUUCAAUCAAAUAUUCAAAAAUAAAUGUAAUUUACAAAAAAAUAAAAUUAUAAAUUUUGACAAACAUAAAAAAAAUAUUAUUACGCAAUUGAACUGAUGAAUUAAAGAAUACUGUCAAGAGAAAAAAAAUAGAAAUUCGAAACACCGUUCGCAAGUAUUCGAGAACACCAUAGAUAACAAUAAUAUAAUGACUAAAAAAUCCAACGGUGACAAUUUUAACACAUCCUGAGCGAUAUUGUUACGCGAAUCUAACUGGCCAACGAAUGGUGCGUCCAGAUCAGCUGGUCAACUAAGGCGAACGUUCAACUGCUGAAUCAACUCGAACUGUAGGCACUGAUGAUGUGACAUGACUGGAGGAGUUUCCCACUUCCAUUGGUUCCCCGUAUUCAAGCUGGUUUAAAUCGCUCUCGGAGAGAAACAAAGCGUUACUCGGUUAAUUGAGACGUUAGUUAUCUUUACAAUUUUGGUUUAAUCAUAAUUUUAAACAUCGUUGGAUAUUGUUAGAUAACCUUGAAAGGACUUUUGUUAAGGUUGUCAUGUGCCAUGACAGCUUUUAACUUUAAUUAUACAUUAUAAUAAUAAACUGACGCACUAUACAUACACAAUACACAGUAUUACAGGGAGGUGACAUCUGGCAAUAGACACGUGCCGAAACAAAUAUUUAAUUCAUAUAUUUUCAUUUUUAAGAAUAUUUUGAUUAAGGUAUCGGAUAAUCGAACCUUUUUUGAAAGUUCAAAAAGUUCUUACCAUUCAUCAAAUAAAUUAUUUUAUUGGUUAUAAACUCAAAAUCUGGUAAGUAUCACUUGGGUACAAGGCGAUUUCCGUCUCAUUUUUGUACAAGUCUGACGUUUUAUACAUAUCUACAUUAACUAUAAAAAAUUAUGAUAAUUAUUAUGAUAAUAAUUAUGAUAAUUAUCGCAUAUUAAAUUAAACAUUAAAUACCUAAUAAAUAGACGAAGGUAUUUUUUAUAUUAAAAUUAAUAUAUUUAAGUUUCAAGCAUACAUUUUUAAAGCAGUAAACAAUAUUGCAUAACAUAGAAAAUAUGUUUGAGGUUAAUGUGUUUUUUUUUAUAUUUGUACAGUACAGUUAUUUCUAUAAUUGAAUUUUAAAGUAUGGAAAAUAUUCUCCAUUCAAAUCUAAACCUAUUUUCAAAAUGGGGGGUUCUUAUUUUAAAAUUAAAAGUAUAUACUUAUUUAAGGUACACGAAGUAGGGGUAAACAUUUAAAAUAAAACCUAAACGGUUCCAUAAUAAUUAGAAAAAACAGAAAUCAAAUUUAUAUAAAAUUUUCCGAGAUAAUUACUGGUUCAUGAAAAAAAAAAAUCACGUUUAUAUAUAAUCAGGUUAGGUUAACCUUACAUCAAGUAGAAUUCAAUGAAUGUACCAUAGAUAAAUAAAACAACUAAAUAGCCGACUACCGUGAUAACCGGCCACCUAUUUUAAUUCAGGUAACCACUAGUAAAAAAAAAAUGUAUAAGUAUUUCAGCAUAAUUUUUUGGCGUAAAAUACUUUUUAAAAUAAUUAUUUGAAGAAGCAGCGCACCCCGGGAAAACUCCUGAAUUCCCGAUAGCCCAAUCCGCCCCUGUAAGAGAUCUAGUUAAAAACAUGAUUCCUAAAAAUUUUAAAUAAUUAAAUCAACAACGCCAUGGCACGCCGUAAAUAUUUAUCCGCAUUUUCGAUUAUUUUAUUUCCGGUUUUUCUUAUUAUGAAAAUCCAUUGGAAAAUCAAAAAAAGGCCUCCUCAAUGCACCAACUAUAUCCAAAAUGUAACAAAAAAAUCUCAUUUUGUGAUUGGAACAGGACUUCUGUUGGAAAAUUGACUUGCUCAUAUACACAAAAAUAGAAAAAAAACACAGAAUACAAAAUCAAUACAUCAUAGUAAAAUCAAUAGAUCUCUCGUUAAGCUCAGAAUCUAAAACAUUUAUUAUUUUUCAGUUGGUAUCAUGGACCCAUGAACAGGCUUGAAGCAGAAAAAGCUUUGCACGGCCAAGGAGAAGGAAGUUAUUUAGUCAGAGGAAACAAGGGAUCAUAUGCGUUAUCAAUUAAGUAAGUAGACUUUAGUUUACUACAAUUAUUAAUAAACUUUGUUAAAUUUACAUAAUUUAUUUGAUUUAUUGCAAAGUCGUUUUUAUUUUCAUUCAUAUUAUAUGAGAUUAUAUGAGAUUCUUAUUAUCGCAUAUAUAUAUAUAUAUAUAUAUACCUAUAAUUAUACAAAAUGGAUGGAAAGAUAUAUAGUAAACAUAUUAUUAAAAAAAAGGACGAAGAUACUUCGCACGUGGGUGCAACUACUGUUGUAGGUUGGAAGUUGGGAAGGUAAGAUACAUACAUUUUCUUUAAUAAUAUUUGUUGAAUGUUAAUUUGAUUUUCCCGUUAUUCCCGUUUGUUGAGAAAAAUCGAAAAAUGACCUCAUGUACCUAACCUAACUUAACCUCUUCAGUUAGAUUUACUUUCAAAAAAGAUGCUACACUAAAAAUCGGAGCAAGAUUUCUGGUAGAAAAGUUGUCCACAGUUAAAAAAAAAAAAACAUCUUUAUAAAAACAUAAGCUUCUUCGAUACACUCAGAAACUUCUAAAACCAAUGUCCAUAGAAGAAAGUAACUGUUAGUCAAGUGAUAACAAAAAUAAGUUAACUCUAAAAUUGUUGAUUAAUAUUCAAAUUAUAUUAAAUUAAAUUAAAUGCUAUACAAGAUACAACUCAAAGAGAGAAACAAAAUACAAACUAAAAGCGUAUUAUAACAAAAUAUUACGAAAUGUUCUUGAUAUGAGAUAUUAACAAAUUCUGUAUGAAAUUCGAAGAACGUAAUUAAAAAAAGCUGUCCUAGGAUAAUGGUCACUGUUAUAGAUGAGAAGUAGGGUAGAUAGUAGAAGGGAGGUUUAAUGCAAUGUAUAUCUGUUGCAACGAUAGACAAUUGAAAACAAAAAAAAGAUUCUGAGCGGAGUUCAGUUGGUACUGUUGAUAGUGUUGCUUUGUCAAUAAUAUAUAUGUCAUAUAAUGGUAAAAUAAUUACAUAUAUAUUAUAUAUUUUCUUUAAUAAUAUUUGUUUAAUACUGUACCUAUUUUCCCGUUUUCCACGGUUAUCUCAUGAUUUUUCUCAUUUAUUAGAAAAAGCUAAAAAUUACUUUCAUCAAGUACCACCUCAGUCAGGUUUAAUUUUAAAAAAAGUGCUAUCAAUGUAAAUUGGAACAAAAUUGCUGGUAGAAAAGUUUUUUUUUCUUUUCCGAGGACAACUUUUCUACCAGAGAUCUGCUACGAUUUUUAAGUGUAGCAUCUUUUUCGAAAGGAAAUUGGUGUGGGGAGGUACUAUAAGGAGUUCAUUUUUCCAUUUUUUCGAGUUUUCCCAACAAAUGUGAAAAACCGCGAUAAAACAUGGGAAAAUCAGGAAAAACGUAAACAAAUUGGGACAACACGAAAUAAAUAUUAUUAAAGAAAAUAUAUAAAGCCUAUUUUAUUAUUUUAUUAUAAAAUGACAUAUAUAUUGUUGAAAAAGCAUCAUUAUCAAAUGAAUUCCACUCAGAAUCGUUUUUUCGUAAGCAAUGGUUUAUCGUUUCUUACAGGUAUACAUUAAACUAUCUAUAGCAGUGGUUAUACUCCUGUACCCGUUUCCAUUAUCCUAGGACAUCUUUUUUUUUAAUGCUUUAGUUAAACAUAUACGUUCAAUGACGUACAAUAUUAUAGUUUAUUCAAACUAUCGAAUAUUAUUCGAUAGUCGUCAUCACUAAUUAAAAUAUUAAUAUGAUAGACGGUAUUAUUUGUUAUUAUUAUUUAUACGAAUUGUUAAUGUGUGCACGCCGCACCGCCGCCGUACUGUAUCGAUGGGCGACGGCCUAAAUUCGCCAACUAAAUGUAUUCAACGAAUAGUUAGCUGGCUAAUAAAUGCGUUAUUGACAAUCCGAAUCUUAAUCAACUUUCAAAGUUGUAUAAAUAAAAAAAUUAAAAGGUAGUAAUGAAUAAAUUUUCAAACAUUAAAUCAAUCAAUAAAUAAUAUUUGUAUAGGUAUAUACGUAAUUUGUAAUAAAAAAAAAAGAGUAGAUACUGGGGACGGUUUUGGCCACUGUUGUAGGUGAGUAGUUGGGCAGGUGGGAUACAUAAAGUUAAUUAAUCAAAUACAUGUCCAGACUUCAUUCACAGGUGUUGCAAAACAGUGGCAUAUUCAGAGGAAAGGGGUUACUUCACCUUGUCCCUUCCCUCCAAAAAAAUUAGGUUAGGGUUCAGGGAUAUGACUCCUAAAUUUCUUAAUAAGUUUUAUCAUCUAAUAAUAAUUAAAUCAGUUUUACUUUUUUUUUAUCAGGGAUAAAAAACAAUAUUCCUUUUAUCAGAUAAAUAAAUAACUAGGUAAUAUGAAAUUGUAUUUACUAUUUUUAAAUAUAAUUUGUAAUACAUUUUAUAAAUAUUUAUUUUUAUAAUUACAAAUUUUCUUAAUAUAUAUUAUAAUUCUAAUCAUCGUUUUGUUGGUAACAUCACUUUAAAUUCCUCGAUAACUUCGUCAUAAUUAAUAUUUUUUGUCGUCUGUUGUUCUAUGGAUAGACAAAUUAAAGAGUCGAGUCUUUCUUGAGUCAUGGUGCUGUGGAGAUAUUUUUUUACAAUCGUCACUUUAGAAAAUGACCUUUCGCAUUAGCAAGUUGUUAUUGGAAUAGUGGUGAAAAGUACUAUUCGUUUAUAAAAGUGAAGAAAAAUACAAGUUCUAUUAUUUGAAUUUAAAAAAUCAAUCCAUUGAUGAAUUGUUUUAGAAGUGGUUGCAGAUGGUAUAUUUUUAAGUAACAUAAUUUUAACUUGAAAUUGCUCAUUGAAAUCACCAAAAUUCAACGUAACGACCAUCAAAUACUUUUAUCUACUUUUAUCAAAAAAAAAAAAAAAACUGGUUCUUAUUAUAAUAAUUUACUGAUUAUAUUAUAAAUAGUGAUAGUUCAUUGAUUUUAGAUUCUGAGUGUAGCGAAGAAAGUAUUGGUUUUAUUAAAGAUGUUUAUUUUUUUAUACUGUGUUCGAAAAUUCUACCAAAAAGCUUACUCUGAUGUAUACGAUGUAGACCCUUUUCUAAAAGUAAAUCUGACUAGAAAGGUACUUAAGAGACAUAAUUUUAAAUCGGUACAAUAUUAAACAAAUAUUACUAAAGAAAAUGUAUUAUAAUGCAUAUUUAAUUAUUUUAUCAUAAUAUGACAUAUGUAUUGUUGACAAAGAAUCACUUUCAACUGAUCGUUGCUUACAGAUACAAAUUAAUUUCCCUUAUAUAUCCUAGUGGCUACACCCACGUGCGAAGGAUGUCCGUCUUUUUUUAAAUUUAUUUUUGUUCAAUAUAAUAUGUAUUCACUAUUAAAUAAAUGUGUAAAGUUAUACUUUUAACUAUUCUUUGUUUUUAGGAGUGCUAAAGGUUUUAUUCACAUGAGAAUAACUCAAUCCGAAGAACGAAAUUAUUUGGGCCAAUCGGAUAGACCUUUUGAGUCUAUACCAGAUCUCAUUAGACAUUAUACUCUGAACAAACUUCCAGCCAAAGGAGCCGAGCACGUAGGUCUUAUUAGACCUUUAGCCCAUCAAAUUUUAUAAUAAUCCGACCAUUUCACUAUAAAUGUUAUUUUCCUUCCAUUAUAAAGUAUAAAAUUAAAACUGUGAUAGAAAAAAAAGAACAUAUUAUUAUUUUUUAUUAUUAUAAUUAUUACUAUUGAUGUUUGUUAUGAAAUAAUACCAUAUCGAAAUUAAGUGCAAUAUAACAUACAAUAUUAUAGUUUUUAGUAUUGUAUUAUUACCUUUAUAAAUAUUUGUGUUCGUGUAACAUUAAAACAAAGUAAUUAAAAUAUAUACA